GUCAUUCCCUCCGGUGCCGCUCUGAUCAGACCCGUGAGGUACGGACUGAUUUACUACUAGUGUGCACAAGCGACGGCCGCCGCACGAAAAAAAUCCGAACUACAAACGGAGAUACCGCCGGUAGUUUACGGCAGUCUCUUGCUCUGAUCGACACCGGUUGUUGCCCACUUCGCAGUCUUGGCAAGUGUUCACCGAGGAUGUCGUUUGGGGAGCAGUGCAGAGGCUGAUGACCUACCGUCUACUGUAGCGUAGCGACCCCAUCAAACCUUCGUCGUACGCCCGGUGGCGGUGUUUUCUCUUCGGAUCAGGAUCGAGUGGGAAAUAGUACUCGGCAUAGUCUGGCCUAUUUUGCCGCCAAGUUCAAGCCAAAUAUUGAUGUGACGGAGCUGAACGUGUCGCUCAUGACUGACCGAAUUCUGGCCUAAACUUUUGUUGUCAGAGACUCAGUUUUGGCGUAAUACCUUAUGGUUAAAUUGUCAUUGCAUGCUACGAACGUACAUGUACAUUACAAGCUGUGCAUCCCUCAUUUAUUUUGUGCACAUCACUGUAACCACAUUGGUAUUGACUGGGACUCUUGUUGACUAAUUUGUAAAAAGAAAAUUUGAUAUUUGUGAAGGAAGGAGUUGUUUUUAUCAGCUGCCGAAAUGUCGAAGCGUAAGCUGGAUGUCUCAGAGGUCUUCGCAGCCGCCGAGGCCGAACUAUGCGAGGAGAUGGGCUCGGGUAGCGAGAGCUCCUGCUCCACGGAUCGCUCGGACCAGGACGGAAAGAAGAACAUCAUCAAUAACAACAACAACAACGGGCCGAAGGGCAGACGGCGCAAGCCCAAAGCCAGCAUGGAUAGUCUGCUGGAGGACGAGGAAGGGGACGGGGAGACAGGGAGUGACGGCCACCGGCAGCCGCGGGUGGCGGCUAACGCCAGGGAGCGCCACCGGACGCACAGCGUCAACUCCGCCUUCACCACCCUCCGGGACCUGAUCCCGACCGAGCCCAAGAACCGUAAACUGUCCAAGAUCGAGACCCUCAGGCUGGCCACGAGCUACAUCAGCCACCUGGGCACGCUGCUGCUGGUCGGGGAUGAGGAGGUGGAUCAGCCCUGCAUGCAUCGGGCCAUGGUGGGCAGGCAGACCCACGAGCAAGGGCCGAGGAUCAUCUGCACCUUCUGCCUCAGCCAUAUGAGGUCAUCUUCCUCUGCUGCUGCGAAAGCAACGCCCAUGCGUUCUGGCCAGCGGCACAACAUGAACGACAUGAACGGCAUGGUGCACCACCAUCCCUCCACACACCCCAUGCACCACCAUCAUCACCACCAUCACCACCAGCAGACGGCCGCCAUGAUGAGAUGAAAUGCCCGGAUGUUGCACAUGCGCAGACAGGACUGACUCUCUUUUGAUACGAGGGCGCCAUUUUGUUUAUACUGUACUUCGCACCAAUGUUCGAAAUGAGGAAAAAAAGCGAUGUCCUUGGAGAACCUUUAGAAGGUUCGCAACUACCUUCCCAGUGUCGGACUAUUACUUCGCCAAGUUCUUGAUUGGACUAUUGCGGACACUUUGUCAAAAACAGUACAAAUAUGUAUUUUUUCUCGUUUAUGUAAAAAUAAGAUCCUGUAAAAGAAAAGUUAUAGUUACGCAUGGGGAUUGUUUAUAAGAAACUUAGUAUUUCUUUUUUGUAAGGAUUUUGGUAGAGGAAAAUUCCAGGGGAUUUAAGUGCAAGAAAAGGUUAAACAUUCACGUCGUGUUGCGAGUAUUCAGGGAAGUAGACUCAAUGAACCACAUAGGAAAUCAUGGUUAACGGUAAUAUACAACAUUUGGUUUUGCUGUAAUUUUUAGAAAUUGAUGGAUUUGGUGCUUUGUAUUUUAUAGCAAAAUAUUGAACAUCAGAGUAUGGUGUAGGACUGCCAGCUGUAAAUCCGUAGUACAAUGUAAGUGUACUAGUUUUCAAUCCAACAGUUUGGUAAACUUAAAAAUUCCACCUCCGUUAGGAUUGGUUGUAUUUGAUGCAGCACAAUGAGCACAUAUCUGAUGCAGCACAUCAUUAUCUUGGUGUAAAUUGCAGCCUCCAUAAAUUCGCAAUCCACCACUCACAAUACCCAUGUUGCUUUCGCAAUGACCUUCUCAACCCUGCUCGAUUUUGCCAAGCUAAAUACGUCUUGAGUUGACGUCUCAUAUCUGUACUGAAGUCGAAUGUCCUUGGUCCUGCCCCAGUACUGUUUCCUAUAUCCAGAGGAAAACUCAAGGGAAAGAAUUGUCAACGUACACCGGAUAUCCACAAGGAUUGAUAACACACACAAAAGUGGAUCAUUUUUUGGUAUACACAUAAGCAACGUUUGGAAAGCACAUGAUAAAUAUGGCAUGGUUUCCUGUUGUCCUGUUACAUUGCCAAUUUUGCACUAGAAGAGCCACUGGUGGAACCUUAUCUCUCAUAGAACAGUGAUGACGUGUAUUCCUCCGAUGAUGGAAGAUUGUACACUAAGGACGAGGGGUCACUAGCUGAGGUCACCGGAGUACUUCCGGGGUCAGGCAAAAUAGUGGAUUUUAAUACUCCCGGGAAUAGAUUCUUGUUUUUGAAACGUUUGUUAUAUUGCUUUCAUAAGCAAAAGUGAGAUAUGAUUUUAUUAUAAGCAUUUCGCUGUAGUAAAAAAAACCCAAGUUUUUGAUCCACCGAUGAGUAUUAUGCAGAAUUAUGGCUAUAAUGGUAACAUGAAUUUAACCUGUAGCAUUUUGGUAUGAACUUAUGAUUCCACAAUGACCGUAUAAACUGUGUUGUGCUUGGCAAGUAAUACUAAAUUACACUUCUUGGUGCGUAUGUUUAUCAAGACGACUAUUGGAAAACAGGGUGAAGGACGUUUGGCAGUUCAUUUGUCGGGAUGAAUUGAAACAGUUUUUAUAAUUAAAGUCUUGUAACUAAAUCUGCCCACGGUUUGGUUAAUAUUGACAUUAUACUUUAUAUAGUUCACAAUACUUAAAGGGAAUAUACAACAUUUGCAAACAUCGAAAAAUAAAACUACCAAGUUUUUACGAAAUAUCUUACUAGGAUGUUGGUA